CCUUCAUGUGCGCGUGACCAGCGUCUGCUUUGGAUAUAGGAAUUAUUUUGCAAGUGUGAUUCCUCCUGGCAGUGGACUAAGUUUUAAGCAGUGUGCACUUCUAAAGGCAUCUGGAUUUCCAAGCGGAGCCGGCGCAGGUUCCCAUCCCGCUUUUCAAGGGUUCGCUCUUCUAACUCAAGGUGUUUAAGAGGAAGACGCCAGGUCCGGACACUGGACAAGCUGGGAGUUAUGUUACAUACCUGUGCUCAGACAAUCAGAUUUUCCGUGAUUUUGCUGGUGUUCUUCUGCUCCGAACCAGUGGACUUUCAGCACAUAUCAGAGCCAGAGCAAAGAGGGGUCCAAAGGGAGACGGAGGCCCAGGUGGACACAGGUGUCCAGGAUGGGCAGUUUCUCAGCCCCGGGGGGCAGUGGGGCUCCUGGAGUCCCUGGACUGCUUGCUCCCGCUCAUGUGGUGGAGGGGUCCAGGAACAGACGCGGCCUUGCCUGCCCCCUUACACUCUCCCCAGGGUUCUCUCCCGCCCCCCACCUCCCAGUCACCCAGCUUCAGCCCCACAGCCAUCGUUGCCCUCGCAUAGCAAUGUGGGACAGCGGUACCUUGGCGAGUUGAGGGCCCGGAAGCAAGACCCCCUGGCUGGACGCAGGAGACUGGGCGCUUCAAGAAUCGCUCCUGGGAAUUAUGGGUAUGGCAGGAUGCCCUUCAUCGUUCCCCUGAGAAAGCCCACCAGCCUGGAGACAGGGCCCCUAGCUCGGCGACAGGCUCCCAGGUUGGGUCAGGUGUCCCCAGCCAAUCACAUGGGCCCGCAGCAGAGCUACACGUACCGCGUGCCCCAUUUCAGCUACGAUGGUGGCCAUCAGAGAUCACUGGAGUUGGAGCCCAGCACAGACUCCUCCGCUAGGGUGCCCCUGUACCAGCCCCGUCAGGACCUGCAUUCGGCUGCUCAGUCCUUCUGGGCUGGAACCUACAACCCUCUACCAGCCUCAUCAUGUGCUGGUGCCCAGAAGAAUCACCGGCUCUGUAACUCCAGUACCUGCCCACCGGCCAGCAGGGGCAUUCGAGAGGUGCAGUGCUCUUCCUACAACAGUUUCCCGUUCAUGGGCCGCCUCUACGAAUGGGAGCCUUUCAAUGAAGUCCAGGGGGAUCAGAGCUGUGAGCUGAACUGCCGGGCCGUCGGCUUCCGGUUCUAUGUGCGGCAGUCUGACUCUGUCAUCGACGGGACGCCAUGCGGCCAGAGCAACCUGUCUGUCUGCGUGGCUGGGAAGUGUCAGAGCCUGGGCUGCGAUGACUUCCUGGGGUCAGACAAAGUGGUGGACAGAUGUGGGGUGUGUGGAGGAGACAACACCGCCUGCAAGGUGGUGUCCGGCAUUGUCAAGCACACCUUCGCCAAGAUGGGCUACCACAAGAUCGUGGAGAUACCAGAGGGCGCCACCAAGAUCAACAUCACAGAGAUGGUCAAGAGUCGCAACUACCUGGCAUUACGGAGUCGUUCUGGACGUUCCAUUAUCAAUGGGAACUGGGCCAUUGACCGACCCGGGAAGUACCAAGGGGUAGGGACCAUGUUCACCUACCAGCGGCCCAAUGAGAUCAGCAGCACGGCGGGUGAGUCCUUCGUCGCCGAGGGCCCCACCAACGAGAUGCUGGACGUCUACAUGAUCUACCAGCAGCCUAAUCCAGGGGUGCAUUAUGAAUUCAUCCUUCCUGUCGAAAACCCACAGCUUCCCUCUGCUUCCAGCACAGGGAAUGCCUUGAAUGGUGAAGGUGACCAUGAACCACCAAGUAGGGUGAGGUAUCCUUCCCUGAUCCCAGAUGAGCCAGUUCUACUCCCAAGGCACCAGCGUGAGUACAACUGGAAGCUUGUGGGAACCACGGACUGCAGCGCCUCUUGUGGCCGAGGCACCAGGCGCACAGUGUUUGGCUGUGUCCGGAGAGUCACUCACGAACCGGUGGGGGACGAGUUGUGUGACAGCGUUUCCAGGCCCAGUCCACAGGAGGAAGCCUGCAAUGUGGAGCCUUGCCCCGCUUUCUGGGACAUCGGCGAGUGGUCUGAGUGCAGCCGCACCUGCGGCCUGGGAACGCAGCACCGGCAGGUGCUCUGUAGGCAGGUGUACGCCAACCACACCCUCACCGUGCCAACGGGCCGCUGCCAGCACCUGGAGAGGCCCGAGACGGCCAGCACCUGCCAGCUGAAGAUCUGCAGUGAGUGGCAGAUCCGAUCCGAAUGGACCAGCUGUUCCGUGCCCUGUGGUGUGGGUCAAAGGACGCGGGAGGUGCGCUGCGUCAGCAACGUGGGUGACUUCGUGCCCGACGACGAGUGCAACAUGAAGCUGCGGCCCAACGACGUGCAGAAUUGCGACAUGGGUGCCUGUGCCAAGAGCUGGUUUUUCUCUGAGUGGAGCAGCCGGUGCUCUGCUGAGUGCGGCAUGGGAGUCCAAACCCGAAGUGUCCUGUGUCUGAAAAACCUCGUCAGCAGCCUGCCCCUGGAUGGCUGUGGGCUGGAGCGCCCCCUUGAGUUCCAAGCGUGUAACAGCGGCCCCUGUGAGAAUCGGACAGAAUGGUUUACAGGCCCCUGGAGUCAGUGUUCAGCAGAGUGUGGCCCGGGCAACCAGCAGAGGGCGGUGGUGUGCCUGGCCAAAGCAGACGCCUCCUUCACUGUACUGCCACCUUCUGAGUGCUCCUCCCUGGAGCGUCCACCCAACCAGCAAAGCUGCCAGCUCAAGGCCUGCGGAGCCAAGUGGUACCACACGGACUGGAGUGCAUGCUCGAAGACGUGCGAGGGGGGCUUCCAGGUGCGGGAGGUGUGCUGCUUCGCAGAUCAGAUGGUACCCAGCGAGGCCUGCGAGGACUGGCUGCGCCCUGAGGAGCGACGCAGCUGCCACCCUGAGCCCUGUCUCCCCGAAUUCGAUGAGAAUUGUCAGGACAAGUACUACAACUGUAACGUGGUGGUUCAGGCCCGCCUCUGCGUCUAUGACUACUAUCAGACAGCGUGUUGCGCCUCCUGUAGGCGAGUGGCCCAGCGACAGAGCGGCUAUAAGGGGCGCCGGUAGCGUCCCUUUCUUCGCCUGAACUCUUCCCCCAUCGGGAACGGCACUGUCCACCACAUGAUGGCAUUUGCUGAGCUCAUCCGCAUUUGGUCAAGAGACCACAAGGGGGCACACUCCCAGGGCGGAGGGGGGGGGCGGUGAAAACACGAGUCUGCACAGACUGAUGGCAGCAAAACAAACAAAGUACGUGUGGUUUAAAGCAAAGGCCAGGAGGAGGUGAGAGCGAGCCGUGAGGGAAAGGGAGCUGUGCUAUGAGGACACGUCUCAAGCGGGAGGGAGCCAGACCCUCCUCAUUGGACGAGAAAAGACCGCCACACCGGAGAAUCCGAAAGUGACCUCACACCAAACUGUGAAGUGGACCUGAUCAGGAUCACCGAGAUCUUCUGCUCGACUCUGCCGUUCCAUCACUGGAUGACGACACUUAGGGUCAGGAUUUCAGAGAGAGGUUGCAGGAUUCCAAUCUGACUCUAUUUCCCGCUUUCACUGUGUAUUGUAUAGAAUGCACACUUUUUUGUACUCUAUGUCAAUAUAAAAUGUAUAUUUAUAAGAUUUGAUUUAUACAUUAAAAAUUGGUUUACCAAGA